GUAAAAAUUGCAAUAGAUCCUGUCUUUGGAAAUUUAUGUGACGUUCCAGCGACACAUCUUUCAGCCAAGGGCAGCAAUGGAGGGAAACGUUCUCCACACCUAAGAGCUAAAGGAAGUAGCUUCGCUACAACAGUCUCUGAUGUCGAGAGACAGAAUCAGACAUGGAUUAAAGAUCGGCACAGCAUUGUGAAGGUUUGUUUUUUCUGCAAAGGCGGACACACACUGGAGUCAUGUGCUCUGCUUGAUAAGAAACCUCAUAAUGAGAAGAUUUCUUUUCUUAAAAAGAACAGCAUCUGUUUUGGCUGUUUGUGUACUGGGCACAUAAGCAAAGAAUGCAGAAAACGCCUUUCAUGUAAAAUCUGUGGUCUUAGACAUGCAAGUAUACUCCAUAUAAACCAUAAAGAGAAGAGUGAAGUUAAACCUGGUAAUGAGGCAGAUAACAUUCCAGUUACGAUCCAGACUAGUGGCCUUACUGGGGCCGGUGAACAAGACUGUAAGCUUGCCAUUGUGCCAGUUAAAGUAAAAUCCAAGAGAGGUCAAAGAAUAGUGGAAACGUAUGCCUUUCUGGACCAAGGGAGUUCAGCGUCCUUUUGCACAGUGGGUCUUAUGGGUAAGCUGAAUAUUGACGGGAGGAGGACAAAGAUUCUCCUGCGCACCAUGGGACAGGAGAAAGUGGUGGACAGUUUCAUUGUACCUGAACUUGAAGUUGCUGGAUUGGACAGUGACAUGUACUGUGAUAUGCCUAACCUCUUCACUCAGCAUAAAAUGCCUGUAGAUCUUGGUAACAUCCCAAAUCAACAGGACCUGGAUGACUGGCCACAUUUGAAGCAUGUUCAUUUGCCAGAAAUUAAGGCCAAUGUGGAGCUUUUGAUUGGCAUGAAUAUGCCCAGAGCUCUAGAACCUUUGGAGGUCAUCCGGAGUGUAGGUGAAGGACCUUUUGCCAUUAGGACUGUGCUGGGCUGGACAGUUAAUGGGCUACUUAAUCAAGAAUGCUGUGGAAGGCCAGGAUGUCUGGCAACAGUUACUGCCAACAGACUUUCUGCUGUCACACUGGACAAGCUAUGGAAACAGCAGUUUAAGAUAGACUUUCCUGAGAGCAGCAAUGAUGAACAGAUGGGGUUGUCAAAGGAAGACAUGAAGUUCAUGAAAUUGGCCAGCAAGACGGUGACCUUGAGGGAUGGGCACUACAGCAUUGCCCUGCCACUGAAAGACCGAGACAUAAGAAUGCCUGACAACCGUGCAAUUGCUGAGCAACGAGCCUUAGGUUUGAAGAAAAGGCUCAUCCGAGAUAAAGACUUUCACAAAGACUACACUGCUUUCAUGACAGAUCUCAUAUCUAGAGGAUAUGCAAAGAGAGUGCCAGUCGCAGAAUUGGAGCGCAGCGAUGGGAAGCUUUGGUAUAUCCCUCACCAUGGGGUUUACCAUCCUACCAAGGGGAAGAUGCGGGUCGUCUUUGAUUGUGCAGCAUCAUUCCAGGGUGUCUCCCUUAAUGCGCAGCUCCUGAGUGGUCCUGACUUAACAAACGGCUUGGUUGGCGUACUGACGAGGUUCAGAAAAGAGCCAAUUGUUUUGAUGUCUGACAUCGAGGCUAUGUUUCACCAGGUGCAUGUGCCAGAAGAAGAUGCUGACCUUUUGAGGUUUCUUUGGUGGCCUGGUGGUGACCUCAAUCAGAGCAUGCAAGAGUACAGAAUGGGUGUUCAUUUGUUUGGGGCAACGUCUUCUCCAAGCUGUGCUAACUACGCCCUGCGGAAAUGUGCAGAGGACAACAAAGCAUACUUCAGCCAGCAGGUGACUGACACCAUUCUGUAUAGUUUUUAUGUGGAUGACUGCCUUGCUUCAAUAUGCUCUGAAGAAGAAGCCAUCAAUCUUUACUCAGGCCUUAGAGACAUUUGCGCCAAGGGUGGUUUCCACUUAACAAAGUGGAUCAGCAAUAGCCGCAGUGUUCUGGCAGUCAUACCUGAGGAGGAAAGAGCAAAUGAAGUUAAGGACCUAGACCUCGAUCGUGACCUUUUACCUGUUGAGCGAGCAUUGGGAGUGAAGUGGUGCCUGCAGUCAGAUGCAUUUAAGUUCUGCAUAUCCAUCCCAAACAGACCAUUGACUCGGAGAGGGAUCCUAUCCACAGUAAGCUCCUUCUAUGACCCUCUGGGGUUCCUUGCUCCUGUUAUCUUCACAGCCAAGAGGAUCCUUCAAGAUCUGUGCCAGAGGGGGAUAGGAUGGGACGAUGCUAUACCAUCAGCAGUUGCUGAAGAGUGGAAAAGCUGGUUAGAAGAAUUGCAUCUGUUGAACAAUAUCUGCAUCGGACGAUGUUUAAAACCUCCUGAUUUUGGAGAGACAACCACUGCUCAGUUGCACCACUUUGCAGAUGCGAGUGAGAAGGGCUAUGGGGCUGUUACCUACUUGUUGCUGCACAACAGUUGCUCACAGACGCACAGUUCCUUCAUAAUGGGAAAAUCCAGGGUGGCACCUUUAAAACCAGUCACCAUCCCUCGCAUGGAAUUGACGGCAGCAGUGGUAGCAGUUCGCAUGGAUAGAACGUGGAAGAGGGAGUUGAGACUACCUCUUCUAAACUCUGUCUUUUGGACGGACAGCACUGCAGUGUUGAAAUAUAUAAAUAAUGAGUCUUCCAGGUUCCGUGUUUUUGUGGCAAACAGAGUGUCAGAAAUCCUCAAGGCUUCUAGUGCCUCCCAAUGGAGGUAUGUGAACACCACGCAUAACCCUGCGGACCUUGCCUCCAGAGGUGUGAAGGCUGAGACCUUUUUGCGUGACACUGAAUGGAUAUGUGGCCCUGCAUUUCUUACACAGCCAGAGAACAAUUGGCCUGUUAACCCAGAAAAUUUGCAAGAACUUCCACGUGAAGAUCCUGAAGUUAAGGUGUCUGCUGCCAUCAACGUCUCACAAGUGCACGGUGAUGAUCAUCCUCUGACCCCUUUAAUCCAUCGUGCCUCAUCCUGGACUCGUCUCAUCAGGGUGAUGGGUUGGAUUUUAAGGUUCAAGAUGUUGUUAUUGCAUCGCAGGAAGAUACAUUUUCAGUCUGCAUCUGAUCCAAUUCAGUCUGAAGAUGCUCAACAUAAGGUUGAUUUCCGGCAUGGCUUUCUUUCAUUGGGAGAGAUUGAGGUUGCUGAGAUGCAAAUAAUUAAGUUCUGUCAGAGGAAGAGUUACGCUGAAGAAAUUUCUUGUCUCCAAAGGGGAGAAUCUGUGAAACGAAGCAGUCACAUAUAUAAGUUGAAUCCUGUUUUGGAGGAUGGUGUGCUGCGGGUUGGCGGACGUCUCAGUAAGGCUGUCAUGUCAGAAGACUCCAAGCAUCCUGUCAUAAUCGCUAAAGAGCUUCACAUUUCCAAUCUCAUUCUACAGCAUGUUCAUAAGGAGGUGGGUCAUGGUGGAAGGAACCACAUGCUCUCAAAGCUGCAUCAGAAAUAUUGGAUUCCUGGUGCUGGUACUCUGAUUCGAAGCAUCAUGUCGAGGUGUGUGACCUGCAGAAGGUUUCAUGGAGCUGCAGGACAGCAGCGGAUGGCUGAGUUGCCCGGAAGCAGAGUGACCCCUGAGAAACCCCCAUUUAACUUUGUUGGAGUGGACUAUUUUGGUCCAUUUGAAGUGAAGCGUGGGAGAAGUCUUGUGAAGCGGUAUGGUGUUAUUUUUACUUGUUUGGCGAUUAGAGCAGUACACAUUGAGGUUGCCUCAUCUCUUGACACUGACUCUUUCAUUAACGCCUUACGACGUUUCAUUGCAAGACGAGGUCAGGUACAAGAAUUGCGCUCGGACAAUGGGACUAACUUUGUGGGCGCAGAGCGCGAGCUGAGACGAGCUAUGGAAGAGUGGAAUCAGCAAAAGAUCUCUGAUGCUCUGUCCUUGAAGGGAGUGAAAUGGAUCUUCAAUCCCCCAACUGGAUCGCAUCACGGCGGAGCAUGGGAGCGGCUGAUUCGUUCUGUCAGAAAGGUCCUUAAUUCCACUCUCCAAACGCAGCAUUUGGACGAGGAAGGGCUCCAAACUGCUCUUUGUGAAGUGGAGUCAAUCCUCAACAGUAGACCCAUUACACUGGAAUCCACUGAUCCAAAUGAUUUGGAAGCCUUAACACCAAAUCAUCUCCUUCUUCUCAAGUCCAACCCGUCUUUACCACCUGGUCUGUUCCGGAGGGACGAUCUCUACGUACGCAAACGAUGGAGGCAAGUUCAAUAUAUAUCUGACCUGUUUUGGAAAAGAUGGACUAAGGAAUACUUGCCACAACUUCAGCGGCGCCAGAAAUGGGGAAGGAUUAAACGUAACUUUAUUCCUGGAGAUGUGGUCCUCAUAGUGGAUGAUUCUGCACCUCGUGGUUCCUGGAUCAUUGGGAGGGUCACCGGUGCUGUACCAGAUGAAAAGGGGCUUGUGCGUCAGGUCUGGAUUAAGACCCCAACCAGCCAUGUGCGCAGACCCGUUACAAAGAUAUGCCUUCUUCAGGAGACCUCUGACCCAUGA